AUGCAUCUGUCCAGUCCAUUGGUUUCGGCAGCCGACAACUUUUCACCAAGUGGAUCCAAUUCGGCACAUGGCGAGUUUGUUGCUACAAGAUCCAUGCAUUUACAAAGAUUGGUGAAGAGUACUCGACAGCGAUGGCAAAUUAAGCGCAUUGUUCCCAUCGAUGAUGUUCAGUCAGUGACAUUUCGCAUGGCCGCUAUACGACUCGGCAGGAAUGGUGAGCGAUCCUACCAGCAAUUCAUACAAUUGGAGAACUUCAACGUUCAUUUGGUGAAGAUCCUUGUGGUCUUAUCAUCGCAACAUACGAGCUCAUAUACGCAUCUAUUAUGUCGAUCUGCGCGCACUAUUCGACCCAUCGACAAAGGUAAGCAUGGGGUGACAGCAAAGGAAGAAAAUAUCAACCAGUGUCAAUUCGGCGUAGAAUACAAGAUACAAGUCUCAUCUAUGGCGAACCUGGGGGUCAACUUCAAUGCACUACAAGGAUCAAACGGCAAGGCAUAUGAUGAGUGCAAGAUUUGGGACGAUACGGCCGUUAUACGGAUCAUAUACGUGGAGGGAACCUGCUUCAUUAACAACAUCUAUAUUGUGGACGAAGAUGGGAUCAUCAAGAAGAUGCCUUCAUCACACGACAAUGACAUCGAUCUUUUGGAUCCGCUUUCCAGUUUGGAGAUCAAUAGCCGGUAUCGAGUAAAGCCAAGAGAUCAUGAGGAGUCAGCUUUCCAUCAUCUCCAAACCAACAUUGGUGGCAGAAUCAGACACCGCUUCAGCAAUUUCAUUUCCUGUUGCACAUGUCUUCAACGCCCCCAGCUCAUGCGAGACGCAGCGUUUAUCGACACAUGA